AUGGUAAAUAAGAUAAAUAAAGAAGAUCCACAUUUAGAAGGUGUCAAAAAAGCUGAAAUACAGUUGGCAGCACAAACGCGUCUUUUAGAGCUGGUUUUCCUAAAUGCAACUGACUGUUCAGCUAGUAAUAUUUUUCAACAAUUUGAAGAAUGUCUAAAAACUAAAGGUAUUCCGAUUUCAAAUAUUAUCGGCAUGGCAUCAGACGGAGCAAAUGUAAUGUUUGGUGAAAAAAAUUCAUUUGUAUCUCGUCUUAAGUUCUGUAUACCAAAUUUAAUAUUUAUAAAAUGUAUAUGCCAUUCAUCGGCACUAGUUGCAAGCAAAGCAUGCAAAAUGUUGCCCCGAUCGGCCGAAGACCUUAUUCGAUCUGUGGCAACAUAUGUAUCCGGAAGUGCAAAACGUUCUGCCCAGUUGGUUGAGAUUCAAGAAUUUUUCGACGGACAUGAAAAAAAAAAAUGA